AUGGGAAGAGGAAGAGUUGAGUUGAAGAGGAUAGAGAACAAGAUAAACAGACAAGUUACAUUUGCAAAGAGGAGAAAUGGUCUUCUUAAAAAAGCUUAUGAACUUUCUGUUCUUUGUGAUGCUGAGGUUGCUCUUAUCAUCUUCUCUACUCGUGGAAAACUCUAUGAGUUUUGCAGCACUUCUAACAUGCUCAAAACUCUUGAUAGGUACCAGAAAUGCAGUUAUGGAGCUGUAGAAGUUAGCAAACCUGCGAAAGAACUCGAGCAGAGUAGCUACCGCGAAUACUUGAAGCUGAAGCAACGAUUUGAGAAUCUUCAAAGAACACAGAGAAAUCUUUUAGGGGAAGAUUUAGGUCCAUUGAGUUCUAAAGAUCUUGAGCAGCUUGAAAGGCAAUUGGACUCAUCUCUGAAGCAUGUUAGGUCAACAAAGACACAAUUCAUGCUGGAUCAAUUAGCUGAUCUUCAAAAUAAGGAACAUAUGUUGGUAGAAGCAAACAGAUCCUUGUCAAUGAAGUUGGACGAAAUAAACUCCAGAAAUCAGUACAGGCAAUCAUGGGAAGCAGGCGAUCAAAGCAUGCAAUACGGCGACCAACAGAACGCUCACUCUCAGAGUUUCUUCCAGCAACUGGAUUGCAAUCCAACCUUACAAAUCGGUUCUGAUUAUAGGUACAACAAUGUAGCAUCAGAUCAGAUAGCUUCAACAAGUCAAGCUCAACAACAAGUGAACGGAUUUGUUCCUGGAUGGAUGCUUUGA